AUGUCGAAUUCAUCAAAUGAUGUUUUGAUGCCACAAGAACUAAUUGAUUCAAAUGAAAAGAAAAAGGCUGAGCAACAACAAAAAGAAAAUGAAGAAAAACGCAAACAAGCACUUGAAGAACAAAAGAAAAUUCAACAACACAAUGAAGCUGAAAAAUUGCGACUUGUGCAAUACCGCCAACACCAAGCAGAACUUUUACAAAAGCAGAAGAAUGAAAAGGAAGAAAAAGAACUUGCGAAACAGGCGCGACUGAGAAAGAUCGAAGAAGACAAGAAAAGGGCAGAAGAAGAGCGACUCAGGCAAAUUGAACUUCAAAAGAUACGUGAAAAAGAACAACUCGCACGAUACAGACAACUUCAAAGCCAAAAGUAUCACCAAACAUCCACACAACAGCAAUACAGAAAACACUCUGAUGGGCGUUAUUAUGAUGAUCAAUAUGGUGGAUAUGGUGAUUACAAUUGA